CUAUUUUAAUAACCUCUCAAAACAAAAGAAACAAGUCAUGGAGAAGAAUGGGAAUAACAGAAAGCUUCGGGUUUGCGUUGCUACUUGCAACCGUGCUGAUUAUUCUAAACUUGCCCCGAUCAUGUUUGGCAUUAAAAUGGAACCUGAGUUCUUUGAACUUGAUGUGGUGGUACUUGGCUCUCACCUGAUAGAUGACUACGGGAACACGUACCGCAUGAUUGAACAAGAUGACUUUGACAUUAACACCAGGCUACACACAAUUGUUAGAGGGGAAGAUGAGGCAGCCAUGGUAGAAUCAGUGGGCUUGGCCCUAGUGAAGCUACCAGAUGUCCUUAAUCGCUUGAAGCCUGAUAUCAUGAUUGUUCAUGGAGACAGGUUUGAUGCCCUGGCUCUGGCUACAUCUGCUGCCUUGAUGAAUAUCCGAAUCCUUCACAUUGAGGGUGGGGAAGUCAGUGGGACCAUUGAUGAUUCUAUCAGACAUGCCAUAACAAAACUGGCUCAUUAUCAUGUAUGCUGCACCCGAAGUGCAGAGCAACACCUGAUAUCCAUGUGUGAGGACCAUGACCGCAUCCUUCUGGCAGGCUGCCCUUCCUAUGACAAGCUUCUCUCUGCCAAGAACAAAGACUACAUGAGCAUCAUUCGGAUGUGGUUAGGUGAUGAUGUAAAAUCUAAAGAUUACAUUGUUGCGCUACAGCACCCUGUGACCACUGACAUUAAGCAUUCCAUAAAAAUGUUUGAAUUAACAUUGGAUGCGCUUAUCUCAUUUAACAAGCGGACCCUAGUUCUGUUUCCAAACAUUGAUGCAGGUAAUUGAAAAUGAAGUUAUGCCACCUACUUUUCC